AUGUCUUCCGAGAGUGAAGGCCCCACGAUAAAGCUCUUUGGAAAGACCAUACCUUUGGCUUUAGCGCCACUGAACCAUGAGGCUUCUUCCGCCAUUGAUGAGUCUUGUGGAACUGUUGAUUCUGAUAUUGCUGCCACUGCUUGUGGUGGUGGUGUUGAAGACUGUUCUGAUGACAAGCAAAAGCUUUCUUCUUCAGCCACUACUAAUUCGCUUGAAGGGAACUCAACGAGAGUGGACAAGGAAACAAUAUCAGAGAAGGAACUCACAGCCGAGAAGCAGGAAGAUGAUACCUCAGAUCAAAUCACAGAAGACUUAAAAGCUCCUACAGCAUCAUCUGGAAUUAGCGAGAAUCCUAAAACGCCAUCAGUUGAUAGAGAAACUUCAUCUCUGAAAUCCUCUAAUAAUGGAGACCAGAGUGAGGCCAGUUGCUCACAAGAAAAGACUCUAAAGAAGCCAGACAAGAUACUUCCAUGUCCUCGAUGUAAUAGCAUGGACACCAAGUUCUGUUAUUAUAAUAAUUACAAUGUCAACCAGCCUCGCCAUUUCUGCAAGAACUGUCAGAGAUACUGGACUGCUGGAGGAAUCAUGAGGAAUGUGCCUGUGGGUGCUGGUCGUCGCAAGAAUAAAAACUCUUCAGCUUCACAAUAUCGUCACAUGUUAAUGUCAGAUGCUCUGCAAACAGCUCGUGCUAGUGCUGCAAAUGGUGCACACAACACUACUUUGGGAAGCAAUGGUACUGUCCUGACCUUUGGUUCGGAUUCUCCUCUUUGUGAAUCAAUGGCUUCUGUAUUGAACCUUGCAGAGCAAGCACAAAAUUGUACUCAAAGUGGGUUCCAUAGGCCUGAACAAAGAAUUGGGGUUUCUUCCAUACCAGGAGAUAAUAGGGAUGCCCACUCAAGUGGAUCUUCUGUUACAGCUUCAAAUUCAUCAGAGAGGGGAGGUAAAGUUGGUUUACAAGAGCCAGCGAUUAAAAGCUGUCAAAGCUUCCCUCCUCAAGUACCAUGCUUUCCAGGCUCCCCUUGGCCUUAUCCAUGGAACUCAGCUCAGUGGCCCUCUGGAAUGCCUCCACCUCCUUUCUGCCAUUCAGGCUUUCCAAUAUCAUUCUACCCUGCACCACCAUAUUGGGGUUGCACUGUACCGGACCCUUGGAAUUUACCAAGUCUCUCCUCACCAUCCUCUACUCUUAGCCACUGUGCUACAAGCUCCGGUCCAAAUUCCCCAACAUUAGGGAAACAUUCGAGAGAUGGGGACAUUCUUAAUGCAGCCAGCUCCCAGAACGAAGAUCACGCGAAGAACAACACUUCAGAUAGAUGUGUUUGGAUUCCAAAAACAUUAAGGAUUGAUGAUCCAAGUGAAGCAGCAAAGAGCUCCAUAUGGGCAACAUUAGGCAUUAAGAAUGAAAAGGGAAAUUGUACUAAUGAGGGAGGUCUCUUCCGGGCAUUUCAAUCAAAGGGAGACGAGAAAAAUCACGAGGUAGAAGCAUCACCAGUGUUGCAAGCCAAUCCUGCAGCCUUGUCCCGGUCACUCAACUUCCAUGAGAGAACAUGA